AUGUCGGCUUUUGAGGUGCUUUAUUCUUCGUGCCUAGCCAUCAGUGCUAGUCCGACGUAUGCUUCUAUUUCUAACUUGGAUGAUGAGCUUUCAUCCCAAGUGACCUUGAGAUUCUUAGGCUUGUUUUGCUUUGACCGAUUCUUUCUUUUCCCUUUCCCUGUGCCGAUUCUUUUUCUCACGCCGCGUGAUGUUUUUCUCACGCUGCUAGGUUUCCUUUCGCCAGCGAUUGAGCUCAUUCACCUUCGAUCGAAAUCUCCUCUUUUCCCUACGUCGCAUGCCGAAAAGGCGCCGAAUCUAGGAACGCGCCGAAUCCAAGAACGCGCAUUUUCGGACACCUCCUCUUUUCCUUCGAUUGCUGCAUUUUCCAGGAACGCGCCGAAUCCAAGAACGCGCAUUUUCGCACACCUCCUCUUUUCCUUCGAUUGCUGCAUUUUCCAGGAACGCGCCGAAUCCACCCUUCAUCUUCUUAGAAUCAUUAUGGAUAAGAGUUGGAUGGUUUUACCGAGACAAACUGAGAAGUAUAGAAAUGGAGAAAAAGAAAAGGGACACCCUCCAUCUCGAGUUGAAUUAUUCCAAGCUUGCUUUACUCAUGCCAAUGGAAGUCCUUCAAGUAUUAUUGUAGCAGAAAGAUUGAUUGGAUGUUCUGUUUUGAUCAAAAGUUUAUUUGAUUCAACGAAAAUUGUGGCAAAAGGAGUGCUCCAUAGCAUGGAUCCAAAUACUAUAGUAGGGAGAUAAGAACUAGGACCAAAUUGGUGUGAAGUAAGAAUACAAGUUGUCCUAGAACCAUAAGAUAGUUUAAUUAGACCUUAUGAUCUUUUACAGAAGUUUAAGGAUACACUUGGAGGAAUGAUAUCUUGGCCUUAUCAUCUGUUAACAGUAAACGAAGAUUACUAUUAGGUGGAUAUGGAAUGAUACUUUACAUUUUCUCGUUUGGUGAUAGGUAUUUGGAAUUUUGUGAAGCAAUAUGACGGUUGAAGAUGGUCUACCUAAUUAGUUUUAUCCUCAUAGAUACAUGCACAAUGGGAUAUAGAUAUUUUUGAUGUGACAAAUUUAUUAUCCUUAUGGAUUAGAAAAUUAAUGACAAUUAUUGAUUAGCAUUUUAAUUUCUAUUUUAAAAUUUUUUAUUUGUAUUUA